AUGUGCACGCCGGCUUCUCCUUUGGUGUCCAAGCAGCUGAAGCUUGAUCCAGAUGGUCUCUAUUGUCAUGUGCAAGGAAUUCGUGAAUGUGCCCACUUGCUUUUAGCCCAUAAUGCUCCAGUAAAGGUGAAAAAUGCUCAGGGAUGGAGCCCUCUUGCAGAAGCCAUCAGCUAUGGAGACAGACAAAUGAUUACAGCACUUCUAAGGAAACUUAAACAGCAGUCCAGGGAAAGUGUUGAAGAAAAGCGACCUCGGUUAUUAAAAGCCCUGAAAGAGCUAGGUGACUUCUAUCUAGAGCUUCACUGGGAUUUUCAAAGUUGGGUGCCUUUACUUUCCCGAAUUCUGCCUUCUGAUGCAUGUAAAAUACACAAACAAGGUAUAAAUAUCAGGCUGGACACAACUCUCAUAGACUUUACCGACAUGAAGUGCCAACGAGGGGACUUAAGCUUCAUUUUUAACGGUGAUGCUGCACCCUCUGAAUCUUUUGUAGUUUUAGACAACGAACAAAAAGUUUACCAGCGAAUACAUCAUGAGGUAAAGAUCUGUUCGCGGGCAGG